AUGUUCGCCUAUUAUGUCCCCCAGUCAGAGCUAGAGACAUUCCUUGGAGCCAGUGCAGGGAAAUACACCAUCGGACUUGGCCAGCAGAACAUGAGCUUCUGUGAUGACCGCGAAGAUCUCUACUCCCUUGCCCUGACCGCUGUAUCCUCCCUCCUGCGCAAAUACUCGAUCGACCCCAACACAAUCGGCCGUCUCGAAGUUGGAACGGAGACUCUGCUGGAUAAAGCCAAGUCCUGCAAGACGGUGCUGAUGCAGCUGUUCGGAGACAACACUGAUAUCGAGGGCAUCGAUACAUACAACGCCUGCUAUGGCGGGACCAACGCCUUGCUGAAUGCAGUAAACUGGGUCGAGUCUUCAGCCUGGGAUGGCCGCGACGCCAUCGUUGUGGCUGGAGAUAUUGCCCUGUACGAUAAGCCAGCGGCGCGUCCAACGGGUGGUGCAGGCUGCGUGGCAAUGCUCAUCGGUGCGGAUGCCCCUCUGGUGCUGGAGCCGUUCCGGGGCUCCUGCAUGAAGCACGUCUAUGACUUCUACAAGGCGGAUUUCAAAUCCGAGUACCCGCUGGUCGACGGGCAGUUUUCCAACACCUGCUACCUGGGCGCACUGGACCAAUGCUACCAGCGGUAUCAGGUCAAGCAGCGUGCCCGGAACGAGGCAAAGACAAAUGGGACCGCCAUCAGUAACGGCCACAAGGGCAGUUUCCUGGAUACUUUUGACUAUUUCGUCUUCCAUGCGCCAAACUGCAAGCUGGUGUCCAAGGGCUAUGGUCGGCUGCUUUUCAACGACUUCAAAUUGGAGCCGGGAUCGUUUGACGAGGUGCCGGCACAAGCCCAAGAACUCGACUUUACCGCGUCGCUGACCGACAAGGGCCUGGAGAAGCUGUGCAUCAGCCUCACCAAGGACCGAUUCCUCGAGCGCGUAGAGCCGUCAUUGACCGUCCCGACCAACUGCGGCAACAUGUACACCGCCAGUGCGUAUUCAGGCCUCAUCGGCCUGAUCAGCAACGUCCCCAGUGACCGACUGCAGGACAAACGCAUUGGAGUGUUCAGCUACGGCAGCGGUUUGGCGAGCACAUUGUUCAGCUUCCGUGUCAAGGGCGAUACCAGCGAGAUGGCUCAGAAGAUCGACUUGCAUGAACGCUUGAGUGCUCGAACGGCAGCGUCGCCUGGAUUCUAUGAUCAGAUGUGUAAACUCCGCGAAAAGGCAUAUCAGCAAAGGAACUACACUCCCGAGGGAAGUGUCGAGAGCCUUGCCCCGGGAACCUACUUCCUGGUGCAUGUGGACGAUGUAUACCGACGAAAGUAUGAGAUGAAGCCAUAA